AUGAGUCAAGAUCCAGCUAAGGACAAAGCUAAACCGUGGCUAAAUAGCUUGUUAACACAGCUUGGUAGUGAUAGACCAAGAGAUAGAUUGAAUUCAUUAAAAAGUAUCUCAGAUUUAGAAAUAUCACCAGCUUUACUUUAUGAAAAUCCAGUUGACUUUCUUAACUCAUGUGUAAAGCCAAUAGUAUUUCAUUUUGAUGAUAGUUCUGAGUCUGUCAGAGAAAACAGUCUUUUAUUAACAAUCAAAUUAUUCGAACAACUAGGAAAUAAAGCAUUGGAUGAUACAUAUCGUACGAUGUUAAGUAUGAUUUUCUUACGUCUUGAAAAAGAAGACAGAGAAGAAAUUUCAAAUCUUCUUGUAGACUUAUUGAAAAACCUUGCAAGUCUUCCAACACCAGAAACAUUACCAACAAAGUUUGAUGAAUACUGCUACGAUGCUUUUAAAGCUCUUUCCAAAAAAUUUGAUAGCAAUGAUCCACAAAUGAAGCUUCGUGCAUGUGAUUGCCUUGAUGCAGUAGUCAAUCAUUGCACACAGGAAUGUUUAUACCUCAAUACACCAGUUGUUAUCAAUAAUAUUCGUAAAAAUUUAACUUACAGACAAGUAGAAAUCAGAAGACGCUCACUCGAAACGUUAUCUAACAUUCUCAUAAAGUCUGGAUACAUGCUAGACCAAUUUUCCGAAUUAUUGGAAAAGUUGGCCGAAGAUGAAAAAUUAAUUGUCAGAAAAGCAUUAGUUAAGUUCUGCGAAGACAUGCUCGUUCAGCACCCACAACGUUCUCAAAUGUAUGGCGAGUAUUUAUUCCCAAUUUUAUGCUCUCUCAGUAAAAUUGUUCCUGUUCGCCCAGUUUUGCCAAAUGAGACCCUCAAACCGGUAGAAUUAGUUAAGGAAGGAUACGAAGCAUACAAAUCACUCAAAGAAAUCGCAAAUAAAUACGCAUCAGAUUUGAAUCUUGGAGAUCAAAUUGAAAUUGCCUUCGAUGGCAAGCGUAAACUUCCUUCAUCGGCGUUACAGUUAUUGCAUGAGAAUUUCAAGAUCUAUAUUAACAGGAUUUUGACUUUGAUAUCAGAUUGGCAGAGCCACUCUCGCCAUUUAGGUUUUGCAGCCUUUAAAUCCCUUGUGCAUGUCUCCAAUGCAUAUUCUGCUCGCUACGCACCUCAGAUUCUGAUGACUCUCGUUACCGCAUUAAGAGAUCACCCAGAUGAGGCCGAAGAAACGCAGCGCUGCAUUGCUUUGUUCGCAGAAAUGACAAGCCUCGCAGAAGUCAACGCCAUCUUGCUUCCAAAGAUCUCAGAACGUUGUACAAAGGAAUUGAUUGAAGCCCUCUCAAUUUCUAUCGUCAAUUGUCAGUUUUCUGAUGAAGAUUUAGGUGCAACUUUAGAUUCUUUCAUUAUUAAUAGAGUUUUCGAUAUGACUGAUAUUAUUAAUCAAGCAGCGCAAUUAAUUAUUGCAAUUUGUCGAAAAUCUCAAGAAUUUCGAGAGAAAAACGUUGUUCCUCUUGCUACAUCCAUCCUUAGGAUUUGUGAACAUGCAGAUGCACUCCCACAGUUCGAAAUUUGCUUUGAUUCCCCACUUUCCGAGAUUUUCGGAAAUUAUCUUCCUCCUCUUCUCGAUACACAAAGGAAAUCUCAUCGAUUCCUUACUCUCCUGUUGAAGCAUUCUCCUCCAAAAGACGUUGCAGAGAUCUAUCCUUCAGUUUGCACUGCAAUGAUCGAGUCAUUAACAUCUGGAGCGGCCAGAACAGCCAUUUACAAGUUAAUUACAGAACUUUCUGUUUCUAAAGCAUUGCCUGCUGUUACACAAUCCCUAGUUUCAGCUGUUUUGGAUGACAUGGUCUGGAAAUCAGGAAAAGAAUACAUUCCUGUCAGAGAAAGCGCAACAUCAGCAUUGGGAUCAUUAUUGAGAGAAAAAUGCAUCAAUCAGGAACUGUUUGAUUCAAAUCUCGCUUUAAUAUUCCCAAUGGCUUUGGCUUCUUUGGAUGACCAAACAUCGGAUAUGGUUAGAUCUGCUGCUGUUGCAACGAUGAGAGAAGUUGUGCAAAUGACAAAAGAUUUGACACCUAAAUACCCAAGAUUGUUUGAAGCUUUGAAGGGGAGAUUGAGUGAUCCUUUGGUACCUGUAAGAGUUGGAUCUGCUGAUAUUUUAUGCACUGUUGUUUGCAGAUGCCAUGAUGUUGAAGAAAUUCCAAAACAGUUACAGGAUGUAAUUAUUUUCAUGGAUGAUUCUUGUUUGGAAAUGAGAGAAUCGAUUUCAAGAUUCUGUGUAAGUGUUGCUUCGAUUCCGAAGUUGAAAGAUGCUGUUUUGCAGACAAUGAAAGAUUUAAUACCAAAGUUCUAUCACCAGGAAGGAAAAAUACUUGACCAGGAAGUUAUUAAUCAAAUCCAAUCACAGUAA